GCUCGCUGGAGUUUGCCUGCGCGCUGGGCCUCUCCGGCCCCGAGCCCCGGGCUCCACCGAUCACCGACGGCAGCUCGAUCCGGAGAGUAUGGUGCCAGCGCCCGGGUUAAUCUAGCCCUCGGCUCGCUCCUGUUUUCCUCCUCUCCCUCGUCUCCCUCCUGUGGGUGCUGCCUCCGGGUUCCCGGCGUGUGGGAGUACAACUCUCUGCCUCUCCAAGGAGACUGGUUUGUGACCACCCAACAGAACUUGCCCAUUGAAAGCAAACCCGGAACAGCUGGAUAAUGUCCACUCCGAGCAGAUUCAAAAAGGACAAAGAGAUCAUAGCCGAGUAUGAAAGUCAAGUCAAAGAAAUCCGAGCUCAGCUGGUAGAACAGCAGAAAUGCCUGGAGCAGCAAACGGAGAUGCGAGCUCAGCUGCUCCAGGACCUGCAAGAUUUCUUCCGGAAAAAAGCCGAAAUUGAGACGGAAUAUUCUCGGAACCUAGAGAAGUUAGCAGAAAGGUUCAUGGCCAAAACAAGGAGCACUAAGGAUCAUCAACAGUACAAGAAAGACCAGAACUUGUUGUCUCCAGUGAACUGCUGGUAUUUGCUCCUGAACCAAGUGAGGAGAGAAAGCAAAGACCAUGCGACCUUGAGCGACAUCUAUCUGAACAACGUGAUUAUGCGGUUCAUGCAGAUAAGCGAGGAUUGCACCAGGAUGUUUAAGAAGAGCAAAGAGAUUGCAUUCCAACUUCAUGAGGAUUUAAUGAAGGUUCUUAAUGAGCUUUAUACGGUGAUGAAAACGUACCAUAUGUAUCAUGCAGAGAGCAUCAGUGCAGAAAGCAAGCUGAAAGAGGCUGAGAAACAAGAAGAAAAGCAAAUUGGAAGAUCUGGUGAUCCAGUCUUUCAUAUCAGACUAGAAGAGAGACAUCAGCGGCGGAGCUCUGUAAAGAAAAUUGAAAAAAUGAAAGAAAAGAGACAAGCAAAGUAUUCGGAAAAUAAGCUCAAGUCAAUUAAGGCACGGAAUGAAUAUCUCCUAACCCUUGAAGCAACCAAUGCCUCAGUUUUCAAGUAUUAUAUUCAUGAUCUUUCAGAUUUAAUUGAUUGCUGUGAUCUUGGCUACCAUGCAAGUCUGAACAGAGCCCUAAGAACAUACCUGUCUGCAGAGUAUAACCUUGAAACCUCCAGACACGAAGGCUUAGACAUCAUUGAGAACGCCGUUGACAACUUAGAGCCCAGGAGUGAUAAGCAGAGAUUCAUGGAGAUGUACCCAGCUGCGUUCUGUCCACCAAUGAAGUUUGAGUUUCAGUCUCACAUGGGUGAUGAGGUGUGUCAGGUCAGCGCUCAGCAACCAGUCCAGGCGGAGCUCAUGCUCAGGUACCAGCAGCUGCAGUCCCGACUGGCCACGCUCAAGAUCGAGAACGAGGAGGUUAAGAAAACGACGGAGGCCACCUUGCAGACAAUACAAGACAUGGUCACCAUCGAGGACUAUGAUGUGUCUGAAUGCUUCCAGCACAGUCGCUCCACGGAGUCUGUGAAGUCUACUGUCUCGGAAACCUACCUGAGCAAGCCCAGCAUUGCCAAGAGAAGGGCAAACCAGCAGGAGACGGAGCAGUUCUACUUCAUGAAACUCCGAGAAUAUUUGGAAGGUAGUAAUCUCAUCACAAAACUUCAAGCCAAACAUGACUUGUUGCAGAGGACCCUUGGAGAAGGUCAUAGAGCUGAAUAUAUGACUACAAGGCCUCCAAAUGUUCCCCCUAAACCCCAGAAACACAGGAAGUCCAGACCCCGCUCCCAGUAUAAUGCUAAGUUGUUUAAUGGGGAUUUGGAAACAUUCGUCAAGGACUCAGGCCAGAUUAUCCCCCUCAUUGUGGAAAGCUGUAUUCGGUUCAUCAAUCUCUAUGGUCUUCAGCAUCAGGGGAUUUUCAGAGUGUCUGGUUCCCAGGUGGAAGUCAAUGAUAUUAAAAAUUCAUUUGAGAGAGGUGAAAACCCUUUGGCUGAUGACCAGAGUAACCAUGAUAUUAACUCAGUUGCUGGCGUUCUGAAGCUCUAUUUCCGUGGGCUGGAAAAUCCCCUCUUUCCUAAGGAAAGAUUUAAUGAUCUGAUUUCUUGUAUCAGAAUAGAUCAUCUCUAUGAGAGGGCGCUUCACAUCCGCAAACUCCUCCUGACCUUGCCCAGGUCGGUCCUUAUAGUGAUGAGGUACCUCUUUGCCUUCCUCAAUCAUCUUUCACAGUACAGUGAUGAGAACAUGAUGGACCCUUAUAACCUGGCCAUUUGCUUUGGCCCAACAUUGAUGCCCGUCCCAGAAAUACAGGAUCAGGUGUCUUGCCAGGCUCAUGUGAAUGAAAUUGUCAAAACCAUCAUCAUCCACCAUGAGACUAUUUUCCCAGAUGCUAAAGAGCUGGACGGCCCUGUUUAUGAGAAAUGUAUGGCUGGAGAUGACUACUGCGACAGCCCAUACAGUGAGCACGGUACAUUGGAGGAAGUGGAUCAGGACGCUGGUACAGAGCCCCACACCAGUGAGGACGAAUGUGAGCCAAUAGAAGCAAUCGCCAAGUUUGACUAUGUGGGGCGAUCUGCCAGAGAACUGUCCUUCAAGAAGGGAGCCUCCCUGCUGCUGUAUCACCGCGCGUCCGAGGACUGGUGGGAAGGAAGGCACAACGGGGUUGACGGGCUGGUGCCUCACCAGUACAUAGUGGUGCAGGAUCUGGAUGAUGCAUUUUCAGACACCCUGAGCCAGAAAGCCGACAGCGAGGCCAGCAGUGGGCCAGUCGCUGAAGACAAGUCUUCAUCCAAGGACAUGAACUCCCCAACAGACCGGCAUCCUGAUGGCUAUUUAGCCAGACAAAGAAAGAGAGGAGAGCCACCCCCUCCAGUAAGGCGUCCUGGCAGGACCAGUGAUGGCCAUUGCCCUCUCCACCCCCCGAAUGCUCUUUCCAACUCCUCAGUUGACCUGGGGUCCCCAAGCCUGGCCAGUCACCCCCGGGGCCUGCUCCAGAGCCGUGGCCUCAACAAUGACAGUCCUGAGAGGAGGCGCCGGCCGGGCCACGGCAGCCUGACCAACAUCAGCCGGCAUGACUCCCUUAAGAAGAUUGACAGCCCUCCCAUUAGAAGGUCCACGUCAUCAGGGCAAUACACAGGCUUCAAUGACCACAAGCCACUGGACCCAGAGACAAUCGCUCAGGAUAUUGAAGAGACGAUGAACACUGCUUUGAAUGAACUCCGAGAGCUGGAGAGGCAGAGUACAGCUAAGCACGCCCCCGACGUGGUGCUGGAUACCUUAGAACAAGUGAAAAACUCUCCCACCCCAGCCACCUCCACCGAAUCUCUCAGCCCUUUGCACAACGUUGCCCUCAGGAGCUCGGAGCCGCAGAUUCGCCGGAGCACUAGCUCCUCCAGCGACACCAUGAGUACUUUCAAGCCUAUGGUGGCGCCCCGAAUGGGCGUGCAGCUGAAGCCCCCAGCACUUCGGCCAAAACCUGCUGUUCUUCCAAAAACAAACCCCACCAUAGGACCUGCCCCGCCUUCCCAGGGUCCGACAGACAAGUCUUGCACAAUGUGAAAACCAGCUGAGCAAGGUCGUUCGGGAAGAUGAUUAAAAAAAGAAAACGGAUUAGUGACGAAAGUCAACAAUCCAUAACUUUCCUUAGUUUUGUGCUUAUAACUGGAGAUUUUUUGGCUUUUCUAUGUUCUCGAAUGUAAUGUCUGCGACUAGCUAAAUUAACAUGGGCAUUUGUAUUUUGUAAUUUCUUUCUUUUUUUUUAAAUAACUGGACAUACGUUGUUUUAAAGACAAUAGAAACACUUAGACUUACUUGAAAAUCCAAUGCUGCACCAUUUGUAAUGAAGGCAACACCACUCUGCUCUCCACGUUGUACAGUACUUCAGGUCUAGGGUAGCCCAGGUGAGUCAGAAAUGUCUGGCCCCAAAGGCCUGAGAAUCUGAGCUCGAGGCCUUGGAGUAUAACCAGUGUUGGGCUGUGGCACUUGGGGUCAUGGCUGAAGGGCGGUAACGGCAUUGUUUGGUAGCUGACUGUGAGCACCUCUGAUUCCAUGCUGUGGGGCAGGGGCCAGUUCAUGCUAAAGACUUGCCAUUGUCACAGUGGGAUCUUCCCAGUGUUACUUGCAGCCCAGCACCUGAAUGAGUAGGAUGAUUGCCUCUUUCAUAACAGUCGUUUCCCUGGGUCCAGGUUAAAGACUCAGUGGAAGGGGGUAGAACCUCUGCAGUUAUUGCUUGAACCAAACCUGGGAAAGGAGAGAGAGACAGUCCUCCAAGCUAUUGAUGUGACUCCUUCCACGAGCCUGGUCAGGCCCCAGAGGAUUUCCAAGUACAUCCCCUGCAUUCACAAAGGACUAGAACAGUCUAAUUUUAAAGACUUUCUGGUUAUACUGCUCCACAAACUCCUUCAGAGAUCUGUUGUUUAAUAACUGACUAGAAAAUACUUCUAGCUCCUCUAAAAUUCCCAUGUUCUCCUCUGGAAAUGGAGAAAGCAAGCAGCACACAAGUCCUUGGUUCCUUUAAACAUGCUACAGAGGCCUGAUGAUCCUAAAUUGAAUCCUCAGCUCUCCUCUACGUUUGUCUCUUUUAGCCAACCCAGAACUGGCUGUGGUACUGGCCGUAGCGGGGAGGAUUACCUCAUGGUUACAGGAUGGUUUCCUCCCAAUUUUGCACCCGGGGACCAUGACUUUUCUUUAUUUCAGAUGGUCUCUACGUAACUCACAUCGUCAGCUGAACUCCUUUAGGGACCCUCUUUCUCUGACAUCCUAGGACGUAAACAAUUUUGCUUUAGCCCAUAUUUGUGCUAUAUUUUCCCUCUAAAAAAGGUUGCUUUGAAUUCAGUUGUUUUUACUAAGGUACAAAUCACCACUCUCUUAGCAGCAGCGGCUUAUAUCAUCUGUAAAUCUAUGAGCAUUUUAAUACUCCAUCAUUGAACUUACUGAUGAAGACACUUUUUUUUAGGAAAAUUGGGUGGCCAAAACUAACCACUCUGGACCACCAUUGAUUUCCUCCUAGGUUUGGUUUCAAACUGGCAGCCAAUUGCAUGCCAACCUGAGUUACACAGUGUGGACUCAGCCCAUUGGGGAAUGCAUCCUGCAGGAAAGAAUGAAGAUCUGUCCUAAAGUCAAGAUCAUUACUUUGAUCUCUACCUCAGUUUGCCAGUCCAAUCAUUCUAAUGCAGAGAGAGAUUAAUUAAUGAGAUAUUGU